CGAAAGUGUCUCAGACAGACUGACUGAUUAACGCCUGUCAGUUAUCUGCACUGUUUGUCUUCAACAUCAUCAUCAUCAUAAUCAUCAUCAUCUGCUGGAUUAGUGAACAGAAAUAAAGACUCAUCUCCUUCAGUUGGCAGUUCCCCUGUGGACUUGUGAUUGUAUCGUUUCAUCUUCAAAAUGCGUCGGUUGGGGUUGAGGGGAGCCUUGCUGCUGUGUUGUGCAGCAGUAUGUGUGUCUGGGGUGACAAGAGAGUACUUCUUCAGGAUAGAGGAGGUGUCUUGGAACUAUGCCCCAAGUGGGAUGAACAUCAUUCAAAACCGCACUCUGCAGGAGGAUGAAGAAGCCUCCGUGUUUUUAAAAAAAGGCCCCCAGCGUAUCGGCCCCACUUAUAAGAAAGCUGUGUAUAAGCAGUACAGCGACGCCACCUACAGGACUGAGGUGACGAAGCCGGACUGGCUGGGCUACCUGGGGCCGCUGUUGAUGGCCGAGCAGGGGGACACAUUGAUCGUCCACCUGAGGAACAUUGCCUCCAGACCUUACAGCAUCCACCCACAUGGACUGAACUACAGCAAGGGCAAUGAGGGAGCCCUAUACCCAGACGGUACCAGUCCAGAGCUGAAGCGUGAUGACUCAGUGGCUCCUAGUACAACAGUGAGAUAUGAGUGGACCCUCCCAGAGAGCCACGGCCCAACGGCAGAGGAUGACAACUGUCUAACCAGAUUCUACCACUCCCACGUCUCCCCACCGAAAGACAUCAACUCAGGACUGAUAGGACCCCUCAUCAUCUGCAAGAGAGGAACUCUGGACGUACAUGGAGAUAGGUCAGGAGACUACAUGUAUGCUCUGCUGUUCAUGGUGUCAGAUGAGAACUUCAGCUGGUACCUGGAUGAAAACAUCAGGACGCACAUCACGAAUCCUGCCCAAGGCCUGAAGGAGAAUGAAGAUUUCAUUGAGAGCAACAAAAUGCACGGUAUAAAUGGUUUUCUGUACGGUAACCUGCCUGGACUGAGCAUGUGUCAAGGCAACAAGAUCCAUUGGCAUUUGUUUGCAUUAGGCAAUGAGGUGGACAUGCAUUCAGUUCAUUUCCAUGGCCAAAUCCUGACCAUUCAGAACCACCAUACAGACACAGUCAGCCUUUUUCCUGCGGUCAGCACUACAGCUGAAAUGGUAGCUGACAACCCCGGACACUGGCUGCUGACGUGCACUGUCAACGAUCAUUUGAUGGCUGGAAUGCAGGCGAUAUUUGAGAUCAAGAAGUGUUUCCCCAAUGUCCAUAAACCACGGCCACACGGUGAACUCAGACAGUACUUCAUUGCUGCUGAAGAAGAGGUCUGGGACUACGCUCCCACGCCACCUAAUGAUGGUGAAGCAGACCUGUUUGUAACCAAAGGUCGAAACCGUAUUGGAAGUCGCUAUAAGAAAGUGCGUUAUGUGGAAUACACCGACAACACCUUCACAACAAAGAUGCUGCGCAGUGCAGAGGAGCAACACCUUGGAAUUCUGGGUCCUGUGCUACGGGCUCAAGAAAAGGACACUAUCAGUGUGGUGUUCAAGAACAAAGCCAGCCGACCUUACAGUAUACAACCACAUGGUGUUCAGUACAGUGUGGAACAGGAUGGGACGCUCUAUCAUAAUGAACUUGAAGAGUCCUAUACAGCAAAAAAACUGCGGGAGCUAAAGAGGGAACCAAGAGUGGUGACACCUCCCCCAGCUGCUCUGGUCAGACCUGGGACGGUGCACACCUAUGAGUGGAUGGUGCCAGUGGGUGCUGGUCCAGUACAGGGGGAGGCUGACUGUCUGACCUAUCUGUACUACUCUGGAGUGGAUCCUGUUAAAGACACCAACUCUGGACUGGUUGGACCGCUCCUCAUCUGUCGACUUGGAUCUCUGAAGAAAGGAGCACAGAAAAACUAUGACAAAGAGUUCCACCUCAUGGCUACCGUGUUUGAUGAGAACCUGAGCUGGUAUCUGGAUGAAAACAUUAAGACCUUCACCACUGCCCCCACCACUGUUAACAAGGAGGAAGAGGAAUUUAUGGAAAGCAACAAGAUGCACGCCAUCAAUGGCUUUGUGUAUAGGAACCUCCCAGGCCUGACCAUGUGCAAGGGGGAUAAAGUAACGUGGCACCUGUCCGGACUGGGUUCAGAGUCAGACAUCAACAGCCUUUACUUCCAGGGAAACCGCUUCAUCUACCACCAGAACAGACGAGACUCCAUCAGCGUCUUCCCUCACAUCUCACACACUGUCACUAUGGAGCCAGACAGCAUGGGUCAGUUUGAAGUGGUGUCACCUACAGUGAACCAUUAUCGUGGUGGGAUGAGAGCCAACUACACGGUACAGAAGUGCAGCCUCUUUCAGCGUCAGAGUGAGAUUAUGCUCCAUUCAAAAACCUACUACAUCGCUGCCAUGGAAACUGAAUGGGACUACUCUCCGAACCGCACCUGGGAGGCUGAGAUGUUCCGCGGUCAGGACAGUCCUGCUCAUGUCUUCCUGGACCAGCAGGGUGGGUUUAUAGGCUCCAGUUACAAGAAGGUGGUCUACCGUCAGUUCACCAACGACAAAUUCACCAAGCAGGUGGAUAGAACGGCUGAUAUGGAGCACCUUGGCAUUAUGGGUCCAAUGAUUCAUGCUGAUGUUGGAGACAAGGUGAAGGUGGUUUUUAAAAACAUGGCGUCCAGGCCUUAUUCUAUCCAUGCCCAUGGAGUCAAGACAGAGACCCCAGAUGUUUACCAAACCCAACCAGGUGCGACUCACACCUACUAUUGGUAUGUUACAAAGAAUACAGGACCAACUGCAGAGCAAGAGCAGUGCUCUGUGUCAGCAUACUACUCCACUGUUGAUGUUACCAAGGACCUGUACAGCGGUCUGAUUGGUCCGUUGGUGAUCUGUCGUCGUAGCUGGGGCAGGUCUUUGGGUAUGAAGAAGGAAAUAGAAGAGUUUGCACUGCUUUUCCUGGUUUUUGAUGAGAAUGAGAGCUGGUAUCUGGAUGAAAAUAUCAGGACCAAAAUCAGGACCCCACGCCAAAACUUGAAGGAGGAUGAAACCUUCAUAGAGAGCAACAAGAUGCACUCAAUUAAUGGGCUUAUGUAUGGAAAUCUAAAUGGUUUGAACAUGGAGGUGGGUGAUAAAGUUUACUGGUACCUGAUGGGAAUGGGCAAUGAUGUGGACAUUCACACCGCACAUUGGCAUGGACACAGUGUGGAAUAUAAGAUGGGUGGAGGUCCUCAUCGUACGGAUGUGUAUGAACUGUUUCCAGCCACCUUCCAGACAGUAAAGAUGCAUCCUCAGUAUCCUGGAACCUGGCUGCUCCACUGUCACGUCACUGACCACAUUAAAGGUGGCAUGGAGGCGAUGUAUACUGUUACUGAAAAAGCAAAGAAGAAGGGAAUCUUUGGCUGAAAUGUUGAGGAAAAUGUAUCCAGAAAGAAAACAGCAGAGACCAGCUUAAAUUAAAUAUUAGUGCCAUAUCGAGUAAACUCUUUGUCAUUUUAUAUUUAAAUGUUCAUUAAUGUUCAUUCAUUCAAUUGUCUGACUGCUUUGAUAUUUUCUAAAUGACAAAGAAGACUGUAAGACUACUGUGAAAAGAAUAAAGUAAAUUAAAACCUGAAA